UGGGCUUUCUUUUCCAUGACAGCUAUGUCAGACAAGCUGCUAAGGGACCGAUUAACCAUUAAAAACUCACUUUAUAGCAUGUUACAGCAACUUUGUUUUGCAGGGCCUGCAACCACCAAACUUCAUUUCAUCCCCAGACAACAAAGUUGCGGGCAUUAUCCCAUUCCAUCGCCCCAAGGCCUACAGUCUCUCCCCACAACCGCACCCGCUCGGCCUCCUCUUCUCCUCCUCCGACUCCGACCACCAUCACCACCAACGACGGCGACGAUGCAGGCGGCGGCGUGGCGGCGCCAGCUUCUCGGCCAGAACCAACUCUCCCCCGCCUCCUCGGCAGCCAUCGCCGCCUUCAGAUCCGCCUCACAGCCCGCGCUCGCCCCCCAAGGGUUCGGCGGAGUGGAUGGCGCGAGGUACAUGUCCGCGAGGACGCCGGCGGUCAAGGGGGCGGGGCAUCUCGUCCGCAAGGGCACCGGAGGGAGGUCGUCCGUGAGUGGAAUCGUAGCUACGGUCUUUGGAGCUACUGGAUUUCUUGGACGCUAUGUCGUCCAACAACUCGCAAAGAUGGGAUCUCAGGUGCUUGUCCCAUUCAGAGGUUGCGAGGAUUCUCACCGCCAUCUAAAGUUAAUGGGUGACUUGGGUCAGAUUGUUCCAAUGAAAUACAAUCCAAGAGAUGUGGAUUCGAUUAAAACUGCUGUCGCCAAGUCAAAUGUAGUCAUUAACCUCAUAGGACGGGAGUAUGAAACAAGAAAUUAUGGGUUUGAAGAAGUAAACCAUCACAUGGCUGAACAACUUGCAAUGAUAUCUAAGGAGCAUGGGGGUAUCGUAAGGUUUAUCCAGGUUUCUUCCCUAGGAGCAUCAUCCUCUUCACCAUCUAGAAUGCUUAGGGCAAAGGCUGCUGGAGAGGAAUCUGUCUUGAAAGAAUUUCCUGAAGCUACUAUUAUGAGACCUGCAACCUUGAUUGGCACAGAAGAUAGGAUUUUGAACAGAUGGGCGAUGUAUGCCAAAAAUUGGGGUUUCCUCCCACUUAUGGGUGGUGGAUCUACAAAGAUUCAACCUGUUUAUGUUGUGGAUGUUGCUGCUGCUAUCGUCAACUCCCUCAAGGAUGAUGGCACCAGCAUGGGAAAAACUUAUGAGCUUGGUGGACCAGACAUUUACACUGUUCACGACCUGGCUGAGUUGAUGUUUGAAACAAUACGCGAAUGGCCAAGAUACGUCAAUGUUCCUUUUCCUAUUGCAAGGGCUAUUGCUUCUCCAAGGGAAAUGCUGCUAAACAAAGUGCCUUUUCCUUUGCCAACACCCUCCAUUUUCAAUCUUGAUCAGAUCAAUGCACUCUCCGUAGACAACCUAGUAUCUGAAAAUGCUCUCACUUUUGCGGACCUGGAAAUCAGGCCUCACAAGUUGAAGGGAUACCCGGUGGAGUUCCUUGUCUGUUACCGGAAGGGCGGGCCAUCUUUUGGUUCUACCGUCAGCGAGAAGAUGGGGAGUUCAGACGUUGCCCCCCGUUUCUGAAGACGCUGUAGAAUUAAUCAUUUAGUUGAAGAUAAAUUGUUGUGUUUGUUUCCUUGUCAUCUGGAGUUGCUGCCAGACGCCUCACCCUGGGCAGGACCAGAUGUGAUGCAAACAUUGGGGCCCUGCUCUUGUUUCAAUUGUAUCAAUAAGAAAAGGCACGGAUGUUUUGUGAAUUUUUUGAGUUGGAAAUGCAAUUAAAGCGAAUCAUUGCAACCGUGGCUGACACAAUCACAGAGAAUUCAGAGUCUGACUCUUGUUGCUUCUAUGCACAUUAGAGCUGUUUCAACUUUUGGAAAA